UGCAGUUGAACAGGUCGCAGCGGCCGCCAAGUGCCAGUCCUCUCCCGUCCAUCGACGUGGCUGUAUCGUGACUCGUGGAUGUUCGAGAGAGACAGACAACAACAAUCGUACAUACAGAGAGGCAGAGAGAGAGAGAGAGAGAGAGAGAGAGAGAGAGAGGAAGAAGAAAGAUUUGGAUCGGAAACGGCAAGGGAAGAAAGGAAGGGGUGAGGGAGACGGAGGGAGAGGGAGAGAGAGAGAGAGAGAGAGAGAGAGAGAGAGAGAGAGAGAGAGAAGUGCAGAAGUGGAGAAGUGGAGAGCAGAACAGAGAAUCGGAAGCCACGCUCAGACUCGCGUGGAUCAUUCAGAGCAGUGUAUUUCGGAACAGUCAAGUGGAAUGAUACAGAAAGAAUCGUAUCCUUUCAAGAGGAUGAUACCGAUCGCGUGACACCGCACCAGCGACGUGGAAACCACUAUCGAGGAACAUUGGGUGCGAACAGUGUGUUGUGUAUACACCACGUGACUGACCGUGGCUGAUCUACGAGAAGUAACUUCCCCGGGCAGUGUGUGUGAUUCAAGAUCCAACGAUCUUGCGAGAAACUUGUCGAUGAAAGAAAGGUUAUAGUGUGUAACGUGCAAAGGAGGACAGAAUCGAACCUCGAACAUCCGAGGUUUUGGCCUGUGUUGCGGUGAACUCGUUAUUGUGAAUUGGAAGAUGAACCAAGUGUGUAAAGUUUGCGGGGAACCAGCGGCCGGUUUUCAUUUCGGGGCGUUCACUUGCGAAGGCUGCAAGUCGUUCUUCGGGCGCACCUACAACAACUUAGGCAGCAUCUCCGAGUGCAAGAAUGGCGGCAUGUGCGUGAUCAACAAGAAGAACCGCACGGCGUGCAAGGCGUGCCGGCUGCGAAAAUGCCUUAUGGUCGGGAUGUCGAAGUCGGGCUCGCGGUACGGGCGCCGCUCCAACUGGUUCAAGAUCCACUGUCUGCUACAGGAGCAGACGAACGGAAGCCAAAGCGGGACGCCGGGAACGGUUUCGCCGUUUGGGCCGGGUUUCCUACCGGGAUUCCUCCCUCAGACACCGCCGCAGCAGGGCAGCGCGGCGUACAGGGACGGCAAAGACCGUGCCUCACCUAGUCAGGAAGACCUUGCGCUCCAGUCGCAUCUGUUGCACGUGGCGAUGCUGAAACAGGAGCACGAGAGGGAGAACAGGUCUCCGCAUCCGGACGAUGUUGCCCUUCAGAACCAGCUUCGUUUGCUCGCCUGGCAGAAGGAACGCGAGAGAGUCGGUGAAAAUGCUCAGCUUCCUGGUACGCCAUCCAGGGAAACGACACCUUCGCCGUUUUACAAGCAGCAGCAACAGCAACAGCAACCACAACAACAACAACAGCAACAACAGCCAGGCUUCACGAUGAACUUUGCUCAGAGAGAAGGCGUGUGCGUGCCAAGUAGUCCAGCGGACGUGCUCAGACCGUUUCUGCCGACGUUCAAAAGGUCGGUCACACCGAGCGACAGCGAAACGUCUUCGAUAAACGGCGGCGACGUCUCUCAGGACACCGAAUCGAGGAGUAACUCGGUGCUGAGUUACUUCAAGGCCAGCGCCGCGUCACCGACGUUGUCCGAACGGGACUUCCCGCCCAGGAAAAUCAACGCCACGGUCACUUUGACGACGGCGUACCAUCUUCACCACGGUCUAGGCAUGGUAUAUCCGCCACCUGGUCUAGUCACGCCGGCAACGUCUCAGCAUUCGCCGAGAGGCGGUGAUCUGCUACUCGUCAGUCCAAGCCCAGGCGGUCUAGCUGUGGAGCAGCAGGAGCCGAUAGAUCUCAGCGUCAGAUCGAGCAGGAAUUCACCGAGACCGAGUCACCCGUCCGAGGAGGACAACAGAUCGAACGACAACGCUAGCCCGACGAAGGACGAGGCCACGACCAAGAGCAAGCCGUUGGAUCUGACGUUAGGCGUGAAGAGGCCCGAGCUACCUCUGUCGCUAUGACGACUUUCAUAGCAACCCGCGGUGAAUUGGCCCCAAAGGCUUCGCUAGCAUCAGCCGACUUGCUACCGAGGCCGUUGGAAGGGUCGUUGUUGGAGGGAUCGAGCAAGGUUUGUUGAAUGGACACGAACAUACGCGAAAAUAUACGGGGGAAGUUACGAGGUAAUCGUACAACAGAAUGACGAUUACCUGAAACCCAUCACGAAAAUGUGUUCAAAUUUGUACAUAGGUAUCAAAAUCAUUGUGACAUUAAUUUAUUACGUGCGAGUACCGUUCGCGAGUACCUCCGUAUCAUUGUUUAAUACUUUGCUCCUAUGCAGUGAAUCACGCAUUAUAUAUCGAGGAAGGAAUAAGAGUACUAAUAAUAAAUCGUUGUAUAAAGAAACCGGAAUUUAUCUGCCAAUGGGUUACGUCCACCUCGACGUUUCGACGACUUUUCGAAUAUUUUUCAUAACUUUUUCCGCAUACGUACAAUUGUUGAACUCGCUCGAUGAACUGUCGAUACUGCUACUGCGAAUUCUGCUCGCGAUGAAUUACGCGUUCGUGGCGACAUGUAUAGAAUAUGGAAUUGUAACUAUGCGGUAAAUAUCGACAGGGUAUCGACGAAUUUACUGGCCAACCGCAUUUUCGUAAACGGUAAGUAUGAGAAAAUGGUUUCCCUUUUUAUAUGCUGACUGAACAGUUUAUAUCCCGUUAAUAGUAUGUUACAUGUAAUGAUAUAAU